AUGCUACUGUGCAAAAGCGGGUGGAAGAGAUGGCCCGGAUGGUGCACGAGCUGAGACGUCUGCCGUUCUUUGAAUUAAGGUUUAUUGUCAGGCACAAUCACAGUUUAUUGUCAGGUCUCUACGGCCGAUUGUACGGUCUUAUGCGCCCCCAGUAUGUAAUUUGGAUGAUCUUAUAUAGGUUAAUUAAUUGAUUGAAAGGGUGGUAGCAUAGAUAUAGUCCUAACGCAAAAAAAAACUCUACGGGUCGUGUUAGGAAUGCCACUAACAGGGGCAUACACAUGACAGAGAAUCAGAUGAGGCACCACUCUCACUACCUGGCUCGGGUGUGAGUGGAGUUGUAUCUACCUGAGUCGGAAGACGGGAGUGCGGAAGACGGGAGUGAUCCACUCAGAGACUCAGAUUGAUACUGACACUCAUUUAAGUGACUACCUUUAACUGAAGCAUGCCGCUUAGAAUUCGUUUACCGGCUCAGUGCACGCAUAGUCCGCAAGCGGUUUCCCGCAGGCGAAAUCAUAUUCCGAGAGGGCGAUACGAAUGGCAAUUCCAUGUGCAUCGUUUACCGGGGAAGCGUGCAAAUCGAGGUUUCGACACAGGCUAGAGCAGCAGCAACUUCGAUCAUAAGGACAACAUCUUCAAUAUCAAACGAUCAUGGAACAACAGCGGGAUCAGAUAGAGAUAUCAGAACACUAUCUUCCUCGAUAACAGGUCGUGGCUCCGAUGUAGUCGGUUUGUUUUCCGACGUCUCAACCGGAGCUGCUACCUCGGGAGGAGCUACAACUACAAGUUCGUCAACAAAUGCAGCUGACAACGACGCUAGUAAUCCAGGUGCUAGCUCUAGCAGCAAUUCAACAUCGUCUAACAACGUUGAAGUCGUGAAAAAGCUCCUCGAAGGUGAAAUAGUGGGAGAACUGGCAGUUCUAGGCAUAUCUCGAAAACGAACAGCGACAGUCCGUGCCUGUGCGACGUCACAGCUGAACGACGCCUCUGACUUAGAGAACAAGAGUGGAUGCGAACUACUUUUAUGACUUGUGGUUUGAAAAUGUAUCAAAAACAAAAUCCGCCUCCAGGUCAUCAAGUACAAGAUCAAAGUUUAUUCAUGGACUGUAUUAAAUAGGAAGUACAUCACGAGGUACAACUAGAUAGAUACAAGUAGUUGCAACAACUACUUCUUAAUCUUAUCCUAGUAGAAGAUUCUGAUCAUUCUAAUAUUUGUCGUAUUGCGUGAUGACUUAUGGGACUUGCUGACUGCAAAGUUUCCAGAUGAGUACGACUCUUUUCAGUUGAUGGGGGAGAUAAAUUUCGAGAAUUUAAUCCGGUCGACGCCAUUUCACUUGAAUCAGGCGAUCCCAGGAUUCCAGAGGCAUAUUUCUGAUGCUUUACAGCCACCUGGCGAAGACACUUCUCGGAGUACUAGAGCUAGUAGUACGAACAAGGUACGAGGACCAGUAUCUUCUUCACCGAGAAGUAGAAGCGGGGGAGCAGGUUUCGGCAGCAGUACUACAGGCGCACUUCUUGCGGUGGAACCGACACUAUCAGGACGUCCUACGGGGAGCACGAACGCCAGUAGCCUUGCGACCAUG